CCAUCCCUAAUUUCCUCCAUUUCUCUCUCUUCACCUCUUUCCCUGGAAGCCCCACAAUCCCAUUAUCUCACUACCUUACUGUCAAUCUCCACAGACUAUAGAGAUGAGGUGUUGUCCAAGAUCGUCUACAUGUGCAGUCAGAACAACUACCAAUAUGUCACCAACUUUGAAUGGUAUAUCACGGUGCUGGUAGAGAUGACGAGGUUUGAGGGGACUCGUCAAGGCCAUCUCAUAGCUGGACAAAUGUUGGAUGUGACGAUUAGAGUUCGCGAUGUCAGGCCUUUCGCUGUGAAACAAAUGGCCACCAUCCUUGAGAACACUCAUCUCUUCUCUGGGAGUACCCACGAGAACGGGAUCUGCGAGGUGCUCUACGCGGCGGCCUGGAUCACGGGAGAGUUCAGCAGUUUCCUGCCAGACGCCCGGGGAACCAUCGAUGCCCUCCUGAACCCCAAGAUCACCGCCCUCCCCGCACACAUCCAAGCCGUGUUUGUGCAGAACAUC